AUGACACCCAGCAAGCAUGGAUUUCUGUCUCUCAAGCACCAAUGGGGCGUCUUCCAUUACGGGAAAGAAUCGUACACUCUGAUUGAAAGAUUUUACGACGACUACGAAGCCCCUACUCCAAACCAUCAACGUACUGACAUGAGUGAAUUUGUUGAAUCAGGGAAUUUCUUUCAAGGCGCUAAAGUGGACUGGCGAGUGAAGAUUGCCGAUGAUACUCUUAAGGUUGGGUGGGGAUUGAAGGGCGUCGAUCAUAAACUGGCAUAUGUCUCAGUUUCACCAGGUCGCGCGUUGGCAAAUAUCUCCAGUGCCUUGAUUGUGGAGGACUGUCCCCAUGGAAUGGCUACAAAAUUGGCGACGAGGUUGGACAGACCUGACCCUUCUGCUAUCCAUACGCACCCUCUGGACCCAGGAAAACCGUUCCGGUCCGAUGAGAUUGAACCCAGCCUGGUGGCGGUAGUUCCGGCGGCGAUUAUUACGACCCGAUUAUACUACGUGAUAUAG